AUGGAAGUGUAUAUAGAUGAUAUAUUGGUCAAAUCACAACAAACAGGGGACCAUAUUCAACACUUGACUAAUAGAUUUCAGAUUCUUCGCAAAUUCAACAUAAAGUUAAAUCCUGAGAAAUGUGCAUUUGGUGCCUCAUCAGAUUUUAGCCAAAGGAUACAAUUAGAAGCAGAAAAGGAACUGCAAGUAUUUAACGGAUCUAUUCUAGGUACAUGGACCUUAUUUACUGACGGUUCAUCAAAUGUAAAAGGAGCAGGUCUGGGCAUUGUCCUGGUACCACCUAUGGGUGAAACCAUAAGACAAGCAAUAAAGUGUCAUCCAAUCACUAAUAAUGAGGCAGAAUAUGAAGCUGUGAUUGCAGGUUUAGAGUUAGCACUAGAGCUUGAAAUAGAGCAGAUAGUAAUCAAAAGCGACUCGCAGCUUGUUGUUAACCAGAUGCGGGGGACUUAUACAGCCAGAGAGGCGAGGAUGCAGCAAUACCUGGAAAAGGCACGGAAUUUGGUUACGCAAUUUCAAACUUGGAAAGUCAUGCAAAUACCAAGGGAAGAAAAUGCUGAGGCAAACGCCCUAGCUAAUCUUGCAUCUGCUGCAUAA